ACCUUUAAUGACGUUCUGUUCUACUGAUUAUGGCUUGAGUUGUGUCUUGUAUUUCUAAUGAGUUGAACCCGUGGACAGCUCAGCCUUCAAGCACAUGAUGAAAGUAUAGCGCAUGUGCUCAGCAGUAGUCACUUUAAUGCAGCAGCCUCGGGUGUGGGAACAGUCCCAUCUAGCGGAUGCCAGUCUGUAGUUCAAACCUGUUGAGCUGCUUAAGAAGAAAGUUAAAAUAACUCUCUUAAACACAUUCAUCCACAUUCAACCAAGUAUGGUAGCAACGGAGAAAUAAAACAGACCGACAAGCGGCGACAAAAUAGGAGAGUUCUGAAUCUCUACAGGUAAUCAACAGGCAUCUCAGGAUUUAUCUAUAUGAAGCAAUAGUGCAUCAUGGCAUCGAAUACACUAAUGAAUGACUCCUGGGAAAAUGAUUCUGUACCUGCAUUUACUGGACUUGAUCUACUCUUUGAUUAUAAACCACUCUUCAUUCCACUGUAUGCCUUAUUAGUGAUAGUGGCAUGUGUAGGCAACUUUCUUCUGAUUGUUCUUAUUGUAAUUACAAAAAAGUUGCAUAGCACCACCAAUUUCCUUAUUGGGAACCUAGCAGCUGCAGACUUGAUUAUGUGUAUCUUCUGUGUUCCACUGACUGCAUCCUAUGCCUUUGAAUUACGAGGCUGGCUUUUUGGGGUCUUCAUGUGCCGCUUUGUUACUCAGAUGCAGGCAGCUACUGUGUUUGUAUCUGUACUUUCUCUCACAGCAAUUGCAGUUGAUCGUUACAUUGUAGUGGCAUACCCAAUUCGUCAGAGGAUAAGUUUCCGAAGUUGUGUUUAUAUUGUUGCCCUUAUAUGGGUAAUUGCCAUUGGCGUUUCAGUACCUGUCGCUUUACAUACCCAUUAUCUUGACCUCAACAAGAUUGGCCAUGACAUGAUUAUUUGUGAAGAGUUUUGGAACCAUAAGGAGACAGAACGACUACUUUUCUCCUGUACAAUGCUUUUUCUGUCUUAUAUGCUCCCACUUUCAGCAGUCUCCAUUUCUUAUUGUGCUAUAUCAAGACACUUGAGAAAGAGGAAUGUUCCAGGAGCAACCCCAUGCAUCCAGGAAAGGUGGAUCAAAAAGAAACAGAAAACCUUCCGCAUGUUAGUCAUUUCAGUCCUUGCCUUUGCAGUGUGCUGGUUGCCUCUGCAGAUGGUCAACUUAAUAAGGGACAUUGAUCCAGAUUUUAUUAUUUUGAAGAAGAAGUAUGUGAACAUCAUCCAAGUAUCCUGCCAUUUGAUAGCUAUGAGUUCUGCUUGCUAUAACCCUUUUAUCUAUGCUUCGCUACAUGACAAAUUCCGUUUUUACCUUUGCAGUUAUUUCUACCAUAAGAAAAAACAGUCAAGUAUGAUGUCUAGCAGAGUGUCACGCUUUAACACAUGCUCAACUCUGGCUGAUAUCCCUUUGGCCCUCACAGACAGAUUAGCUCUUCAAAGCAAAAUAUCUUUGCAUUAAACAUACAUACAGACCAUCAGUGAUUUCAGAAGAUAAAACCCAAUGAAAGAGCCACUGACAGUCCAAAAAAGCAACCUGCUUAUAUUGUGGCUAAUAUUUUGAGUCAUUUUACAACACAGGAUGACCUGCAAAACUGCCAGUGAAAGGAAGAAAAAAGCCAACUGAGCCAAAUUUAAAUGCAGCUUGCCCUUAAGGAGGAGUCAUCAUUCCUUUAUUUUAGUGUGUGUGUGUGCGUGUGUGUGUGUGUGUGUGUGUGUGUGUGUGUGUG